CGGGACAAGUACUAGUAAGAUCUUAAAGACUUAAACCCUCUUCUGAUUUCUCAAUCUUGACUUGUUACUGAAUACUGAACCCUUCUUCUUCCCAGGCAAAAUUUACCCACUCCAGUCUCCGCCCGCCGCUGUUUCCGUUUUCCACAGAAUCUCCCCCCCAAAAGAAAGAACUCAAACAAUGGCGGCGACUUUCACUCAGCCCCACGCCCACGGCCGCCUUUUCUCCACCUCCCCUCUCCCCAAACCCACCAAGAACCUCCGUUCCCCAUUCACAGUCCGCAUGUCCCUUCAAGAAACCGGCCCUUCAAUCGCCGUCGUCGGCGUCACGGGGGCCGUCGGCCAAGAGUUCCUCUCCGUCCUCUCCGACCGGGAUUUCCCUUACCGUUCAAUCAAAAUGCUGGCUUCCAAGCGCUCGGCUGGGAAGCAGAUGACUUUCGAGGACCGGAACUACACGGUGGAGGAGCUGACCGCCGAUAGCUUUGACGGGGUCGACAUCGCCCUGUUCAGCGCAGGUGGGUCAAUUAGCAAGCAGUUUGGGCCGGCGGCGGUGGAGAAGGGCGCCAUUGUUGUUGAUAACAGCUCCGCGUUCAGGAUGGUGGAUGGGGUUCCUUUGGUGAUUCCUGAGGUCAAUCCCCAUGCUAUGCAGGGGAUUAAGGUUGGGAUGGGGAAAGGAGCUUUGAUUGCAAACCCCAAUUGCUCUACCAUUAUCUGUUUGAUGGCUGCCACUCCAUUGCAUCAACGUGCCAAGGUGUUACGUAUGGUUGUCAGUACAUAUCAGGCAGCCAGUGGGGCUGGUGCUGCUGCCAUGGAAGAGCUUGAACUCCAGACUCGUGAGGUGUUGGAAGGAAAGCCGCCAACUUGUAACAUAUUUAGCCAACAGUAUGCUUUUAAUUUGUUUUCACACAAUGCACCAGUUCUACCGAAUGGAUACAAUGAAGAAGAAAUGAAAUUAGUAAAAGAGACCAGGAAAAUCUGGAGUGACUUGGAUGUUAAGAUCACUGCUACCUGUAUAAGAGUCCCCGUCAUGCGUGCUCAUGCGGAGAGUGUUAAUCUCCAAUUCGAGAAGCCACUUGAUGAGGAUACAGCAAGGGAGAUUCUGAAAAAUGCACCAGGUGUGGUGGUGAUCGAUGACCGUGCAUCCAACCAUUUCCCAACGCCGCUGGAAGUGUCGAACAAGGACGACGUUGCAGUUGGCAGAAUUCGGCAAGAUCUGUCUCAAGAAGGCAAUCACGGGUUGGACAUCUUCGUCUGUGGGGAUCAAAUACGGAAGGGAGCCGCCUUGAAUGCCGUUCAGAUUGCUGAGCUGCUGCUAUAACUUUGCUUGGAGUGACUUUCUUCCCCUUUUUUCUUUUACUCUAUGCUAAGGCUUCUUUGCCUCUUUUGAUUUGGUUCUACUUGGUUGGUGAGGUCUUUCAGUUUUGCAGUUCCAGCUCGAAAAGCUUUCUGUUUGUCGUUGCCUGAAGGUUUCUUUUCUAGGAACAUGUAUCAUCAUCAUCAUGGGAUUAUUAGGUCCUUACUCGAUUAAUGUUUUACUGCUACUCUAAUUUUGGGUUGUAUUUGGACCGGUUGAUGCCUGAAGAGAAAAGUUUCGUCUUUUUGCUCCUCAAAUCUUUUGAUUGCUCUUCCUCCACCAUGAUCAGAUCCUUGCGCUGGCUGCUCAUCCACCACGGUUGGCAUUACUCCUGGGAUCCUUUGAUGGCUCCUUCGCCACCACAAUCGUUGCAUGUUGUUCGUUGCUUUUCCUUCGUCAACAAUCGAAACAUUUCCAGCUCGACCCUUUAACUGGAAUACCAAGUAAAAUGAGUCCAGUCCACAAACAUUAAGCAAGAAGAGAAUCACUAUUAUGAUUCCUCUGCAGCAAGAAACAUAAGAAUUGCAU